CAUAAUUAAUAAUAACUUCUUAUAAUUUCUUCUUCUUCUUCUUCUUCUUAUUCUUCAGUCAUCAUCAACACCUCCAUUCAUUCAUUCUGUUACAAAGGAAUGGAGUCCGGAAAUGAGGUUACUUCAGAACCCGAAAUCGCUGUGGAGGAUGUGAAAACGAACGUGACGGAUGUAGAAAAUUUGAACAAAGUUGAUGAAGAAGUUGAUUCAUCAAGAACCGAAGCGAAUCAACCUUCUGACAAUGCCGAUAAGCCGAAAGCCCGAAACGCGGGUAACGUGUCCACCAAAGGGAGUACUGUCAAGAACAGCAAAAUGGGUAACAGUGGUAAAAAAACUGGUACAUUUGGUACAACUCCAAGACCAAGUUUGUCUCAAAGUUUAUCUUUCCCUACAAAAACGCCAUCACCUAACCUCGCGAAACAAGUCGUGGAACCCACAUUAUCCACAUCAGCAUCUUCGCGAUCAAACCUUGCGCUUAGAAGAACUUCCACUGGGUUGAAACCGGUCAAAACUGCAGCCGCGGUUAAAGAAGAUGAUAGCGCCAGUUCGACUGCUUCACCAAAUGCCACCACCCCUGGCGGGGGGCGUAGGAGCAGCACCUCGGGUUUUUCUUUUAGGUUGGAUGAGCGAGCCGAAAGGCGAAAACAGUUUUUUUCAAAGAUUGAGGAGAGAGUUCAAGCAAAAGAAGUAGAAAAGACUAAUAUGCAAGCAAAGUCAAAGGAAAGCCAAGAAGAGGAGAUAAAGAAACUGAGAAAGAGUUUGACAUUUAAAGCUACACCAAUGCCAAACUUUUACAAAGAGCCCCCUCCCAAACCUCAACUCAAGAAGAUACCAACUACGCGUCCAAGAUCACCAAAGCUGGGCCGAAGCAAGAGCUCUCUGAGCAAGCCAUCGGAACCAAUGGAGAGUCCUCGAGUCGUUAGAGACCAAACCAUGUCACCUAGGUGCAACCCCACGAACCGUGACAAAGCUUCCAACCCGCACAACAGAAAAUCUUUGACCAAAACAUCAGAAGCGGAAACUAGCAAGCUAAAAGAAAAGGGGUUGAAACCAGAAGUCAAGGAGGAGAAUGCUAGCAACGCCCCGGAUGACAGACCUCAAGAAGUUGAAGGUUGUGUAGAUGUCGAUACGGUGCAGGAAAGCGGGUUCAGUUCGAGUUCGGCCAAUCAGGAUAUGACACCUAAGGACAUUGUUGUUGGAGGUUGAAGUUUUGAUUUUAUGAAGUGUAUGUAACUGGAUGGUGGUUGCUUUUGUUUUGAUGUUUUAAAGGGUUCCUAUGCAGUGAAUUUACUGGUAAAAAUGGAUCUGUUUGUUUAUU